AUGUCUCGCAAUUCGACAGGCUCAAAGGAGUCGAGCCAAGAAGUCGUGGAACUUCAAUGGAUCGCUGUUGGGCCUCCCAGACACGACACAACGCGACGUGAUGACUCCUCGAACCCUCUGUCUUUUAGAGAUUCCCAAUUUGGGAUCAUUUUACGACGCCAACGCCAGCGACCAGCAGACAACUCUGGCGUAAAGCACUCUCCAGCAAUUCCGUCUCGUUUCCUGAACCUUACGAACUCAUUCGAAUUUGCUGGUUGGGGUUCUAUCACGCGUCUUAAGCUGAGCAGUGAAGACCUCAAGACUGGAGCCGCGCGUAUCGACUACAUGAAGAAGAGUAGGGUCCUCGGGCAGUUCACUGCGAGCGCAUUGGCAGGAAACGCGGUCCUUGGAAGCGUCUUCUACGCGUUGCCGGCCGUAGUUGCUGUUGGAGGAAUUUAUUCUCCUAUCUCCCUCUUCAUCGCAACGAUGAUUUUAUUCCUGUGGCGCCCCAUUAUGGAGGAACUGGCAUCUGCCUUACCCAUUAGUGGUGCUCCCUAUACUUACAUCCUGAAUGUUUCUACAAAGUCCUUCGCGCUUAUUGGUGCCGCUCUUCUGCUCCUCGACUUCGCAUCUACCGCCAUAGUUUCCGCUGCAACGGCGGCCAGCUACCUCGCAGGAGACGUCCCUUCACUCCCAUUUCCUCCAUGGGUCGGAGCUGUCAUCGUGCUUGUUCUAUUUACAAUCAUCAGCCUCAUGGGUGUUCGAGAGAGUGCACGUCUGGCCCUGACCGUGCUCUUAUUUCACGUUCUAACUAUGAUCGUGCUUGUCAUUGUGUCAUUCGUGCACUGGGGUCAUAUCGGCAACUCUCAGCUCAAGGCCAACUGGCACCUAGGCAGGUCCCAGGAGUCGGGCUUCAGCUCCAUGGCUCGCAAGAUUUACUAUGGUGUCUGCCUCGGGAUGCUUGGGCUUACCGGUUUUGAAUGCAUCCCUUCAUACAUCUCGCGGAUCAAACCAGGGAGGUUUCCUCAGGUCCUGCGGAACUUGCACGUCCCGGCCAUCCUGCUAAACACGACCAUGAUGCUUCUCGUGCUUGCAAUGGUGCCCCUAGAUACAAUUUUGGGUGGUGCGAACGUCCUGAGUGUUCUCGCUCAAGAAUCCGGCGGUGUCUGGCUUCGCAUCUGGAUCGUCGUCGACGCCAUAAUUGUCCUAUGCGGUGGCGUCCUCACGGGCAUCCUGAGCGCCUGCGAGUUACUCGACCAACUUGCAUUGCAUCGCGUUAUCCCCCAGCUCUUCCUCAAACUUCUCCCCAAGACCGGCUCGCCAUACGUCUCUGUGCUUUCCUUCGUCGCCUUUAGCGGCGUACUGUAUGCUUCCUCCGGCGCGAGCCUCACGAUUAUUUCGCAGAUGUUCUCGCUGGUGUGGUUGACCGUGAUGGCGCUGUUCCCUGUUUCUCUGCUCCUCCUCAAGUUCAAUCGAGGAAGACUUCGUAGAGCAAGCAGGACGAAGCUAGUUGUGCUAGGCCUUUCAUUGGCGGCGGUACCAGCCGUGUGGGCCGGUAAUGUGGCUUAUGAGCCCAGGACUGUUGGGUACUUUGCUAUUUACUUCAUCACCAUCGUCUUGUUCUUCUUCACGACACAGAACAAAGUGCACCUCUUUCGAUGUGUUUAUUGGGUCUACGACCAAUAUCCCUCUCUACAUAAAUGGCGGGUGACGCAGGCUUGGGACCGCAAGUUGAUCAACUUUAUGACAAGCUUGAAGAGGCAGCCUGUUUGCAUUCUCGUCAAAACAGAUGAGAUCAAUAGCCUCUUCCAUAUGGUUUUAUAUGUCCACAAGAACGAAGAGACAUCUUAUUUAAAAAUAAUACAUUUUUACGAUCAAGAGAAGGAGGUUCCGUCAGAGUUGGAGGCUAAUGCCAAAAUCUUGGACGAGGCAUUCCCUGAGAUUACAAUAGAUCUUAUUCUCGUGGAUGGGACUUUUGAUCCAGUCAACGUCGCAGCGCUCUCGCACAACCUAGGCGUCCCCCAGUCGCUUAUGUUCAUGACUUGCCCAGGACCACAGUUUGCUCAUGUUUUCGCUGAAUUUGGAACGAGGAUUAUCUCGCUUUAG